GUCGUCGUCGUCGUCGUCGUCGCUGUGGUUUGCAACGUCUUUGGAGGAUUCUGUUCUCGAAGCGGUUCUCCGCUUGAAGCUUGAAAAGAAUUUGAAACGUUUGUCGUCGGGAAGAGAAUCGAUCUUGGACGAAACUGCGGAAACUGCGGUUUCGUCUGAACUGGUAGCGACGGUGGUAGCUCGUAGUUUGUCGCUCAUCGUCCGAGAUCGUGCGAGAAUGAUGAUCGCCCAAGGUCUGCUCGACGAACGUCGAGUCUAGAGACGCGUGUCUGUCCGUCGCGAUGCGUUACGGUUAAUUUUCAUGAUCCGGUUUGAACUUGGUUCCCAGAGAUUUGCGAUCGUUCGAAAGUCUUGGCCGGACGUUCCUGACGGAUGUCCAACGUGUGUUGUAUCGCGAUCGUAGCUUCGCGCGUUUCGCAAAUGUUCGACGUGGCAAACGUUAUAGAUUGGCGGGAUGUGUCGCGAUCUGUUUGCAAAUUUUCCGGUGAAAUUUGCAAAUUACCGUCGAUGCGCCUGUUUCGUGCUUGCCUCGCGAUCGUAAAUUCGCGUUUGAAAGUUGUCGUGUGGAUUUGCUUCUGUGGGGAAGAAACUCUACCGUCGACUGCGUUCGUGAACGAUUCGUCGACGAUAACUUUGGAAAUUGGACUUUGCGAUUUCGAGUGUCGAGUGAUUCUCCGUGUCGUUGGACAGAUGGCACUCGCGACGUUUCGAGAACGACGUUUGACGCUUCCGUUCGUACGUUGCGUCGCUUUGCGAGUAACGUCGAACGUCGGGUUGCUUUCGCGCACGUUCGCUCGAGCGCGUGAUAUUGAAAUUAUUACCGAUAAAGUAAAUACGUCUCGCAACGAUCGAGGAUGGCGACGAUAAAGUUGAAUCCGUCGAAUUCGCCUUCCGUUGAAUUGAGUUCGUACCGCGAUCAACACUUUAAGGGUUCGAGAGCCGAACAGGACAGACUGUUGAGAAAUUCUACGACUCUGUACGUUGGAAAUUUAUCGUUUUACACGACGGAAGAACAGAUAUACGAAUUAUUUUCAAAAUGUGGCGACGUUAGAAGAAUAAUAAUGGGAUUGGACAAGUACAAGAAGACACCUUGCGGUUUCUGUUUCGUCGAGUAUUAUCAGAGGAUGGAUGCGGAAAACUGCAUGAGAUACGUCAAUGGGACUCGCUUGGACGACAGAAUCAUCAGGACGGAUUGGGACGCUGGUUUCAUCGAAGGCAGGCAAUACGGAAGGGGUAAAACUGGAGGACAAGUAAGAGACGAGUACAGAUCGGACUUUGACAGUGGAAGAGGAGGUUAUGGUAAAAUAAUACAACAAAAGGUAACUCCGCUUUCGGAUGGAGCUUUCGGACGUUAAAAUUCCACGUACGUGUGCGACUGCUUCUCCGUCUCUUGCGUGUGAUGUAAUUUUCUACGUGUCGGAAAAUUACCAACGAUCGUGCUCGAUCGCGCCGCAACUGUCCGAUGUAAUCACCGUACGGCGGCUCUUGUGUACGUUGACGGUGAACCGAGGAUACGAUACGAGAUAUAAGUAAAAAUUAUUUUCCAACGUUUGUAAGCGUGAGUAAUUUACCAGUAAUUUUAUUUCAAUUUUUCGUUUUUUUUCUUUUUCUUUUUCUUU